AUGACGAACCAGCCUGAGAAACCAGGAUGGGCCGAAAGUGUUGAUGACGCCAUACCCACCAAUGAAUUGAUGCCAGAUUCUUUGCAAUUCAAAGGAUACGAAAUUCAUCAACGUGGUUACGACUUUGAAAAGCCUGAGCGACGAGAGGACGAUAGACGCCAAUAUGACUAUGUUGACAUUGAGGAGUCUCAUCUUCGGAAGUACUCAACGCUCCUCAACCAACUUCUCAUGGACGAAGUAUCAGGGAAAGACACUUUCCAUACAGAAGAUUUGAUCUGUUUUGACCCCCAGAUCUCAAAAUCGACGAGAUUGUGGAACCAGACCACUCUCUAUAUCCAGAAUUCUUCAAAUAUCGUGCAAAAAGUGGCGAUAUUAGUUCCAAGUACUUUGUAA